CUGUAGUACAGUAAACUCACUUGACAUAUACCUUGUAAAACUUGUAUGACUUAAGCGGCUGAAGCCAAACCACCCUUAUAAGUCAAACUGACUAUUGUAAGCUGUAUGGACCCGAACUGCAAGGAUUAUUACUGUCCAUUCUUGCCAUAAUGGAGCUGUGAACUAAGUUAAGUUAUACAAUAGCCAGUUUGACUUAUAAGGGUGAUUUGGCUUAAGCCGCUUAAGUUAUAAAAGUUUUACAAGGUGUAUGUCAAAUGAGAUUAGUGUAGCUUUCUCCACACUGCUUUUAAAUUAGUGAAUCUUUGGUUAAAAUUAUCGAGCCCUCACCACAGAACACUCACCCCUCACGACCCUAACCUUACUUUUUUCGAACGUCAAAUACCUAUUAAGUUUAAGUAUUCGUUCAGAUACUGUCCUCUCCAUAGACUGGUAUCCCUCAAAACACAAAUAUGAGUGAAGCCACCAAUAACCAAAACCUCUGUAACUGCUCCAACGGAAUGCAAACGAAAUUGAAAAUUCUUGCUAUACACGGUUACCGACAAAAUGCAGACACUUUCAGGCAGAAAACCGGUUCAUUUCGAAAAAUGGUACAUAAAUGGGCACAAUUCACAUAUAUAACAGCACCACAUAAAGUCAUUUUAAUAGACGACAUGAAUCAAGUUGAUGAUCAAGACAUCGGUCAAAGUAAAGAUGAAGAGCAGUAUGGUUGGUUUUUCAACAGAGAUGACCGAACUUUUCGAGGAAUACGAAAAGGAGGACCAGCUAUAGGUUUUGAAGAUAGUGUAAAAUUGAUCGAAGAUGUGUUUGAGAAAGAGGGGCCUUUUGAUGGAAUUUUUGGAUUUUCACAGGGAGCUUGUUUUGUAGGAUUGUUGUGUGAUUUACAACAGCGGGGAUUACUUAGAUGUAAGUUCGACUUUGCCAUAAUGGCUGCUGGAUUUAAAUCUGGAAGUUUACCACAUAUGAAGUACUAUAGUGAAUCUAUUUCAAUACCGUCGCUACAUAUUUUUGGUGAAACUGAUAAAAUCAUUCCAACUGAAAUGAGUGAAGCCCUUAGCGAUGCUUUUGUUGAGCCAGAAAUAGUUAAACAUCCUGGGGGACAUUAUGUACCUGCAUCAGCCCCUCAAAAAUACGCAUACCAAAGUUUUUUUAAAACUAGGUAUUUACAGAGUGUAGAAGUUGUAGAAGAUCAAUGAAAAAAAUAGUAUAUAGAGGUUAUUGUCAAUUGUUCUUUAAUAUUUUCUUAAUUUAAAGACCUUUUCCUUUUCUUACAAAUAAAUUAAUACAAUAUUUGGAAUUUUAAA